AAUUGCUCCCACAGCUCUAACCACAUCUUCCUCCCAACAGAUGCAGAGUACUCCUCCACCGGCCCCUCACCAAACCAAUGAGGUCCACCCCGAUGACUCCUACGAGGACGCAGAACCACUCAACCCCCUCACGCAGUGCACUGCAGAGUGCGCGGACUCAGACAGCAGUCACUAUGAGUCUUACGGAGAGGAUGACGUUUCCGGGAACAACCGCACAGGCUCCCUUCGAAUGCUGCCCACAGACUCGCCCACACGGCCUCCGCCCCACCCACGGAUCUGUGGCUUUCUCUGGCGGAAGAAGUGGCUGGGACAGUGGACAAAGCAGUUAUUUCUCAUCAGAGACCAAGCUCUGCUGGUAUGUUCCCACACGCUGGCCUGAGACGGUCCUGGAAAUGUCGGAACUUUCUUCACUCUGAUCUACCCUUUGCCAGAGCCUCAGUAAGACUGCUCUACAGUAGACUCUCCACCCUGCCCAAGUCUCCUCCAACAGCCUUGAUAUCCUGACUUCCUUCUGUCUCCUGCAUUUGUGGUCUAACCAUAGCUCCUUUUUAUCACUCUGCAUUGCACAGACUCACCCUCUCUCAUUAAUGCAUGGAUAUUAACGCUCACAAUUUCUCUCUCAUUUGGUGCUCAGUUGGAUGCCUGUUUCACCACUGAGGUAGACAGGCAUCCAGAUGGCUAUUAGAGUCAUAGAGAUGUACAGCACAAAAACAGACCCUUCAGU